GCCGGCUUUCCCUGCGGACACGGCGUGCUGCCGCUCACAUGGGCCGGCCGGGGCCAGGCGGUGGCUGUCACGGCGCUCGCAGCGCUACCGGUGCACAAAGCGCACAGGGGUGUGCAGGAUGAGGCCGAUCCGGCUGACCAGCAGUGCCUGUCUGAAGUCCUGAAUAGGAUCAAAUCUUGGAAGCAGACACACAGGCACGCAAGACCAGCUCGUCCCUCCCCAAAUCCUCCCUUCCCUCCCAAAUCUUCCCUUCUGUGAGAGCGGCUGCGGGGCAUGGAGGACGGCAGGGGUCCGGCCGGCUGGCUCCUGGUGCUGCUGGCCUGCCUGGCCUGGAGGGUGGGCGAGACGGAGAAGCUGUCCCCGCUGGCUCCGGGGCCCCGAGCUCUCAGCACGAAGGAGACCUUCCUGGUGCUCUCGCUGCACAACAAGCUGAGGAGCAAAGUGCAGCCGCCCGCUGCCAACAUGCAGAAGCUGGAGUGGAGCGAGGAGCUGGCGCAGCUGGCGGUGGCGCGGGUGGCCGGCUGCCUGGCAGCCCCCGCUCCCCCACCGGCCCCACAGCUGGGCUGGAGCGAGACCCUGCUCCCGGAGGGCGCCGGGGGCUUCGUCGAGCUGCUGGAGCGCUGGUUCGCCGAGGGCCGCCGCUACGACUACGGGGCGGCGCGCUGCGCCGGCAACGCCACCUGCCGCCAUUACACGCAGCUGGUGUGGGCGACGUCGGGGCGGGUGGGCUGCGGCAGGCAGCUCUGCGCCGGGAGCCGGGGCCGCAGCCAGGCCUUCGCCUGCGCCUACUGGCCGGGGGGCAACUGGGAGCUGUCCGGGGCGCCCAUCACCCCCUACCAGCGCGGGCCCUGGUGCUCGCUCUGCACCGCCGGCCUCUCCGGCUGCUUCAAGUCCUGGGACCACGGCGGCGGGCUCUGCGAGGUCCCCAGGAACCCGUGCCGCAUGAGCUGCAGGAACGGCGGGCACCUCAACGUCAGCACCUGCCGGUGCCAUUGUCCCCCUGGCUACACGGGACGCUACUGCCAAGUGCGGUGCAGCGUGCGGUGCCUCCACGGGAAGUUCAGGCAGGAGGAGUGCUCCUGCCUCUGCGAUGCUGGCUACGGCGGUGCUGAGUGCGGUGCCAGGGUCCGGUUCCCCUUCCACACCUGUGACGUGACGAUCGAUGGCGACUGCUUCAUGGUGUCCCCCGAGGCCGACACGUACUACGGAGCCAAGGCCAAGUGCCAGGAGAAAGGGGCCAUGCUGGCCCAAGUCAGCAACCAGAAGGUGCAGGACAUCCUGGCCUUCUUCCUCAGCCGCCUGGAGAGCAGCAACAGGGUGACGGACACCGACUUCAAGACCCGUAACUUCUGGAUUGGUCUCACCUACAAGACAUCCAAGGCUUCGUUCCGCUGGGACACGGGCGAGCCUUCUACCUUCACCAGCUUUGCUUUUGGGCAGCCGGACAACCAGGGGUUCGGGAACUGCGUGGAGAUGCAGGCAUCAGCCGCUUUCAACUGGAACGACCAGCGCUGCAAGACCCGGAACCGGUACCUCUGCCAGUUCGCCCAGGAGCACAUUUCCCAGUGGCAGCAGGACCCUUGAGCAGGCAGCCCCGGGCUGUGCCCCCUGCCCACCGUGCGGGCAUCUCCAGCACCAGCUGGGGACGGGGACAGGGGACAAGCGUGGCUCUGGGACCGGCCGAGAAGGGCGCACGCUGUGCAUCAGCAUCCCAGAUGUGGUGUCAUCUGCUCCUCGCCUUCCUCUGUCGACAACCACCAGGGCAAAAAGACGCCCAGCCUGGGACAGCUUAAACUGGUGGCCGGGCUGUGUCCAGCGAGGAGCCGAGCGGGGCCUUUGGGUGACACACACCUUGGCGUGGCUUGGGGUGAGGGCCGGGCUCCGCGUGUGGCCGCCUGCAGCAGGACACGGGCGUCGCCACGAAGCCACCAGCCUGGCGCUGCGGGUCCCCUGCCACCAGCCGGGUGGAUAACAAAGACCUCUCUCCAUUCGGA